UGUAACGCAAUGACGUUUGCUACAGACCUAAGUAAAAUGUCUCCAAUGAUCUAUACAUUGUAUGGUUUUGCUAUAUUUUUCUUCGUGUUUUGGUGUGGGAAGUGGGGUGUGCAUCUCAUAGCAAUUUUUUAUGCAAAGUGGAGAUUACACCAGAAACCAAAUCAGUUGCCAAGUGAAACACCAUAUCCCGGAGUUUCAAUUUUAAAACCAUUAAUGGGCGUGGACUUGCAUUUAUUCAGUAACUUGGAAACAUUUUUCACCAUGAAUUACCCCCUUUAUGAACUUUUAUUUUGUGUUGAGGAUGAAAGUGAUCCUGCAGUGAUGCUUGUUAAUAAACUCAUGGAAAAAUAUCCAAAUGUGCAAGCAAGACUAUUUACUGGUGGUUUUAACGUUGGUGUGAAUCCGAAAAUAAACAACAUGCAGCCAGGUUUCAAGGAGGCUCAGUAUGAUCUCAUACUCAUAUCGGACAGUGGUAUUCGUAUGAAAGAAGAUACUCUGAUGGACAUGGUGUCGUACAUGAAAGAUGAUGUGGCAAUAGUGCAUCAGAUGCCCUUUACGUGUGACAGGGAGGGAUUUGCUGCCACUUUAGAGAAGAUUUAUUUUGGCACAGCACAGGCAAGAAUUUAUCUUGCAGCAGCUUUCUUGGGUGUGAACUGCCAUACUGGUAUGUCAACACUUAUCAAAAAACCACUGAUUGAUGAAGUUGGUGGUCUGCAAGCAUUUAGUUGCUACCUUGCUGAAGACUUCUUCCUUGCAAAAUCUUUACGGGAGCGUGGCUGGAGGAUGUGUAUCAGUAGUCAACCAGCAUGGCAGAAUUCUGGGCAAUGUAACAUCUCUACAUUUCAGGCUCGGUUAACACGUUGGGCUAAGCUGAGGACUGCAAUGGUUCCACAAACAAUUUUCUUGGAACCUAUGUCAGAAUGCAUGUUGCUGGGAGGCUGUGCAGCUUGGGCAGUCUCCUUCCUGUUUGACUGGGACCCAAUUGUUUUUUACCUAGUGCACAUACUUGUGUGGUUUCUUCUUGACUGGCUGUUACUGUCAAUUGUGCAGAAUAGUUCUCUACCUUUCAAUAAGUUUGACUUUGUUGUGGGGUGGCUGUUUCGUGAGCUAUCUUCCCCAUAUAUAUUUCUACAAGCUUUGUGGGAUCCAGCCAUAAGAUGGCGAGGGCGAACUUUCAAAUUACGAUGGGGAGGAAUAGCAGAAGAGCUCAAGCCUAAAGUGAAAGUUUGAAACUAUACUCGGUGGCAUUUUGUGUGUUCCUCGUGUUUUUAAUAGACCAACAAAUUAUGCUCAACAGAAAGUAAUAUAUAUUUCAUGUCUUCAGUGUAUACUGUUAACAUGAAUGAACUGUUCUGCUACAUGCAUUUGUCAA